CGGGCAGCUGCCGGUCACGUGUCGGCGGCUUCAGCCGAGGAGGGAGGGGAAAGGGGGUCCGUAUCACGUGGGAAGGUCGAGCGGAGGGUCACGUGGCGCGAGAGAUGGCGACCCCGGCGGAGCGAGAGGCGGGCCGCGGCGCCGAGGAGGCGUUUCUCACUUUCUACACGGAGGUGCGGAGUCCCUGGGCCCCUUUCCCCCCCCUUGCGCUUCGAGGCCCCCCGCUUUCCCUCGCCCUCCUCGGGCCUUGGCGCUGGCUAGGCCGCGGGGGGAGAUCCACAAGGCGCUCCCUCCCUUCGUGGCCUCUUCCUUUGGGGCUCCCUGCGACUCCUGUCCCGCGAGGCCUUUCCCUCUGCCGUUCCCACCUCACCCCCCCCCCGCUCCCUGGGGCGGAGGGGCCCAUUUAUGGGUGUUACUGCGGGGUGCAUGACUAGAGCAUCGGCGGUUCCCCAGGGCCUCUCUUGAACCCCCCCCCCCGACUGUCCUGGCUAUGGCUGCCUGGGGUUGCCAAUCUGGUGUUUUUGCGGGGACCCCGGGGAGGGUCUUUAAUGGUGAAGGAAGGGGCAGAGGGACCCAUUCCUCAUCUGGUGUGCAUGCAGGGCCGGAUUUAGGUUUGAUGAGACCCUAAGCUAUUGAAGGUAAUGGGGCCUUUUAUAUGUCCAGCUGUCCUUUGUCAACAACAAAUAGUCGCAGUUUUUUGUGUUGAAUACAGCCAUACAUCAUGUUAUGUUUGCUUCACCUUACGUUUUUUCAGGUUGCAUCCCGUGGUACCGGAAAGGGUUACUUCCGGGUUUUGCUGCUUGCGCAUGCACAGUAGUGCUAAAUCGCGCUUCGCGCAUGCGCACAAGCACCAAAUCACGCCACGCACCUGCACAGAUAUGGCGCUUCAGGUUGCGGGCUCUUCAGGUUGCGAACGGGCCUCUGGAAUGGAUCCCGUUCGCAACCAGAGGUACCACUGUAUAUGCUAUAUGGUAAUUUAUGGACCUAAUAAAUAUCUAAAGCCAUUUGCACAUGUUGCCAUGAAACCAGUCCAUGAUGCAGAAUGUAGUCACCCUAUAUAUAGAAAUGAGCACCCAGUGAUAUUUUAGGGAGCAGGCUAGCAGGCGGGGCCCAUUACUUGCAUCAUAAGAGCUACACAACACAAAAGACUGUUGCUGUAUGUAGGUCUUAUUUGUUUUUUAACUUGUAUUUUGGAAAUGUACAUCCAGGUUUUUUUUCUUUACAUUUUUGGGGGGCCCCAAGAGAGUGGGGCCCUAAGCUGUAUAGCUUGUUUAGCUUAUAUGUAAAUCCGGCGCUGUGUGCAUGGAGUUGUUGUUACAGUAUUAAUUGAAUUUAUAUACCGCCCUAUACCCUCAGGUCUCAGGGCGGUUCGCAGGAUAAAAUCAGAAUAUAAAACUGCAAAGUGCAUAAUCAAAAUAACAGCAGCAACCACAACCCAGUAUAACACCCCUCAACACAUUUAAAAAGGGCAUACUGAGGCCAUCACAUACUUUGUUAACUACAGGGCUUUCUUAAAAGUGGCUGUAGUCCUAUUUCUGCUUAUCUGGGACCGCUAACCCACCGCCCUGUGGAUAAGACACAUUGACUCACACUGCAGGGCUUGUUGGGUGUUAUUUACUUGCAUCCUGCCUUUCUCCCCAAGUGGGGGAUCUGAGGCAGUUUGCAACAUUUAAAAGCAGCGUUUAUUAAAUUACAGUAUAAUAACCAUAAGUUGCACAAAACUGAUAAUUAAAAUAACAUCUCUGUGUAUGUAAAUGCAGCAGUUAAAAUAUUAUUUGUCCUGGCAGCAGCUUGAAGAUCAGCACAGUCUGUACGGGAGCCUGGGGCCCAAGCCCAAUAGGGCUUAGGUCAGAACUAUUAUUUUGAGUUGUGUCCAGAAAUGGACCAGUAGCCAGUGAAGUUAUUUUAACAGGGGAGUAACAUGUUCCCUGUAACCCAGGCAUAGGCAAACUCGGCCCUCCAGGUGUUUUGGGGAUUACAACUCCCAUCAUCUCUAGCUAACAGGACCAGUGAUCAGGGAUGAUGGGAAUUGUAGUCCAAAACAUAUGGAGGGCCAAAGGUUGGGGAUGCCUGGUUUAAUGUAUCCAUCCUGUGUAAAGUCUUCUAAGUGACUAACAGUUGUCGGUGCACACCUGGAAUAAUUAAUGCAGCUGCAGUUGUGUGCCCUCUGGAAUUUGAUACCUCAUAGUCCGAUCCACAUGUUUGAGUACUGGCACUUACUUGGUGCAGGAUUGUACCAUAUGAUUUCAAUGUGCAAAUGCAGAAACUGGUAUCGGGCACAGAAAUCGUCAUUCAGAGAAUAUCAGCCUUCAUUAUAAUAAAUGUCUAUACCAUGGUUCAGUUAGUCAUUCGGCAGCACCUGAUGCUGUAACAUUGCAGAAGCCAAGCAGGUAUGGUAGACCUGGUUAACUCCUUUAAUGGGAGACUUCUUGGAACCUCAUGUAAGAGCAGGAUGAAAUAAUGAUAAUAAUAUAUACACUCAAAAGAAAGCCUAUACUAUAUCACUGAAUUCACAAACCAGUAUCCAUCUCCUUUAUUUUGAAACCUGUUGCACUACAAAUAUGGUUCUGGCAUGCACCAUAUAUUAUUCACACAUCUGGAAAAUAUUUUUUUUUCCAGCAAUGUAAUUUGUUUUGAGGAAGGGACAGGGAAGACAGUUUGUACCAGUUUUCCCUGAAGUACCCCAUACUGCCUCUCAUGUUGCUGCAAAGGUCUCCUGACCCUCCGGGGCAGCUGUUCAGGUGGCAGGGGCUUGCUGGAGGAGGAGGGAUCAGUCAAAAUUGCUUUCUACUCCUUCCAGCAUGAGCAACACUUCUCUGAGUGCAUCACUGAAUCCAACCCAUAAUGAUGCUUUCCUCUUGGGCUCUGAAGAUAACCUUUAUUUACAGAUGUUCCUUUCAACAUAUGUUUUAAUAAUGUACAGUUUUAAUAAUUGAUGGCUGUUUAAUUUCUGCAGGUGAAACAAAUAGAAAAGCGGGACUCUGUUCUAACGUCAAAAAACCAGAUUGAGAGGCUUACUAGACCUGGAUCAUCCUAUUUCAAUCUGAAUCCAUUUGAGGUAAGUCCAAGCACAUUUUCAUUCAUACGAUUUUUUUUACAGCUGUUAAUUUGUUUAUUGUGUGAUUGACAGUCAUACUCAGUUCAUAGCUAGCACUUUCUUUAAGGCAGAUGGAAGCUGCAAUGUCAUACUUGUCUCUUGAGUUUGCACCUGCAAAGAGUACCUGCCACAAAGUGUUGCAGUGUAGAGUGCUCUUGUUCAGAUGUUUUAUUUAUGAUUUUCAGAUAUACACAUUUCAAUAGUUUUACAAUCAUUUUAACAUUUCAUAACUCGACUUACUCCUCUUUCUGUCCUAAAUUUGCAAAUUUCUUUUAAUAUCUUCCCAGGUUUUUACAUAAUUAUCUUUAUGCAGAUUUAUAUUAUUUGCUGUUAACCAUACACCUAGAUACUUAACCUUCCUUUCAGUCUUUAGACCUGACACAUCUUGUAAUUUAUUUUAACUCUCAUCAUUCAUGUUUUUUACCAUGAGUUUGGUUUUGUCUUUAUUAAUCUUAAGACUUGCUACAUCUCCAGUUUUUAAAUCUCUUGUAAUACUUUUGGGAUUGACUCUAUUGGUUCUACAGAUAUCACCACGUCAUCUGCAAAUGCUUUUAAUUUAAUAUUGUCUCUGUCCCACUCUUAUACCUUUAAUUUUUUUUAUUACAUCUUAUUAUUUGCGCCUGCCAGCCAUGCUGUUUUCUAGGAUACUCCAUUCCAUUCUCCGCUCUGCCCUGGUUUCCCCCACACACACACACACAUAUACAAGAUGGGUGACACCUGGCUUGAGAGCAGUACAUGUGAAAAGGAUCUAGGAGUCUUGGUUGACCACAAACUUGGCAUGAGCCAACAGUGUGAUGCGGCAGCUAAAAAAGCCAAUGCAAUUCUGGGCUGCAUCAAUAGGAGUAUAGCAUCUAGAUCAAGGGAAGUAAUAGUGCCACUGUAUUCUGCUCUGGUCAGACCUCACCUGGAGUACUGUGUCCAGUUCUGGGCACCACAGUUCAAGAAGGACACUGACAAACUGGAACGUGUCCAGAGGAGGGCAACCAAAAUGGUCAAAAGCCUGGAAACGAUGCCUUAUGAGGAACGGCUAAGGGAGCUGGGCAUGUUUAGCCUGGAGAAGAGGAGGUUAAGGGGUGAUAUGAUAGCCAUGUUCAAAUAUGUAAAAGGAUGUCACAUAGAGGAGGGAGAAAGGUUGUUUUCUGCUGCUCCAGAGAAGCGGACAUGGAGCAAUGGAUCCAAACUACAAGAAAGAAGAUUCCACCUAAACAUUAGGAAGAACUUCCUGACAGUAAGAGCUGUUUGACAGUGGAAUUUGCUGCCAAGGAGUGUGGUGGAGUCUCCUUCUUUGGAGGUCUUUAAGCAGAGGCUUGACAACCAUAUGUCAGGAGUGCUCUGAUGGUGUUUCCUGCUUGGAGGGGGUUGGACUCGAUGGCCCUUGUGGUCUCUUCCAACUCUAUGAUUCUAUGAUAUCCAUAGCCAGUGAACAUUCAAUGGUCACUGGGCUGUUUGGGGACUUUUUCACCUAAGCCCCCUGACCCAAGGUUUUAUAUUUUUGCAAACAUUGUUUUCUGAGCCUGUUGGUGUCUACCUCUUAAACAUGGAUGAUGUGGGCUACAUAUCUGUCAUCACCUGGAAAAUGAGUUUAUUUGUAUAUAGGAUUUUAUGAGGCAGUCCUCUUUCAAGGAAGCCACUUCUGUCAGUUUCUCAGUCUGUGUACCAAAGAAAAAAAUGCUCAUUUAGGCACACACAGGCCUAGAUCCAGUUGCAUAACCAAAGAUGUAAGCUUGGGAAAGAGCAUGAGUUUUGGCAUGACAUGUUAUCACAGCCUCGUCUGCUGGAGUGUAACCCUUCUGCUGAAGAAAGUUUUAUGUAGUUUCCAGAUUGCAGAAAGGCUCAGAAUGUAGCUGCUUAUGAUGAUGUUACUUUGGUCUCUUCCAGGUGUUGCAGUUGGACCCUGAAGUUACAGAUGAGGAGAUAAAGAAGAGAUUCCGUCAGGUACAUGCCUCUGUUGUUAUUUUUGUAAUACAAAGAGCCUUGGAGCAAAUCAUGUGAGGAGAGGGGAAAGUACCGUAUUUUUCGCUCUAUAACACGCACCUGACCAUAACACGCACAUAGUUUUUAGAGGAGAAAAAUCCGUAGGCAUGCCACCCGUAGGCAUUCCCUUCAUAACACGCACAGACAUUUCCCCUUACUUUCUGGGAGGAAAAAAGUGAGUGUUAUGGUGCAAAAAAUACGGUACUUCUCCUUCAAAGACAAUGGCUACUAUAUUAGCCAGGAUAUGGCAGAAGUAGGAGGAAAAGUGUUCUCCCCUAGUAUUUGCAGACAAACAACAAUGGCUUUGAAGUUGGAUAUGAGCUUCCCCUAGAAAAACUUGGGGUUUGUUUUCCCAGAAUGUAAACUUGGUGGCAUAAUUAUACCCAAAUUUUGUUUCAUGUCCUACUGGUUACUAGGUAACCUGUAUGUUCAUAUACACAUGCCUAGCCAGAGUAUUUGUUAGAGAACUAGUUAUUUAACAGUUUAUUUAUUUUUACUACUACAGUGGUACCUUGGUUCUCAAAUUUAGUCCAUUCCAAAACCAAAGCGUUCCAAAACCAAGGCAUGCGUUCCCAUAGAAAGUAAUGCAAAAUGGAUUAAUCUGUUCCAGACUUUUAAAAACAACCCCUAAAACAGCAAUUUAACAUGAAUUUUACUAUCUAACGAGACCAUUGAUCCAUAAAAUGAAAGCAAUAAACUGUGUAUUGCAGUCACACAAUUAAUCAGUAGCUGAACUGGGUUCCACACAGUCACAAAAACAAAAAAAAAGAGCCACAAAAACAAAAAACGCAAAAUAAAUAGCAAAAACAGACAGACCUCAGAGUAAUACCCAAAAAGGAAGCGUGGCACUCAAAUCAGAAGUGUGACACUCAAAAUGGAACACGUUCAGCUCCUGAGAAAAGUUCGCAAACCAGAACACUUACUUCCAGGUUUGCAGUGUUUGGGUUCCAAGUUGUUUGAGUACCAAGGCAGAACCAAGGUACCACUGUAUUUGUUUGGGAUGUGCCAUGUGUCAUAGGUUGGGACUGUGCAAGUAACCCUGAAGCCCCAUCUCCACCGCUGUUCUAAGUCCUUGAGCACUGGAAGUUCAGUUCUGACUUAGGUUGUAUCAGAGACUACUCAUUUUUGCAAGCUAUCUCUUCCAACUAAAUAGUAUGGAAGUUGUGUGUGUUGUUUUGUUUUAUUUGAAAUUGAAGCUGAGACUCUCAAAAUGCCAAAUUUUGUACCAGGUAACAAGUCCUGGUCUUGCACUGUGAAAUCACAGAUGUGAAUACUUUGGUGUUGUUUUUUUAUUCACAGUUUGAAUAAAUUGCAGGGGAGCAAGAUUUGAGGGCCCUCUAGGAAAUUAGUUUGCCCUAACUGAAUAUCUAUACAAAGAGUCACAGUAUUAAGGUCCACAAAUCUGUAGUUAUUUGGGGUGGGUUUCUUCAUUUGAUCUACUCAGCUGCUUUGCUGAGAUUGGGGAGGCCUGGGAAUCCAGAUGAAGGGCUUAUUCCAAAAAGAGGAGAAUGAGUGGCAAAUGUUUGGUGCCAUUUUAUUAAUAAACAAGGCAGAGAAGCGAAAGCAGAGCAUUCUGUUAUGGGUAGCCCUGUGAUAACAGCACACCUUUUGAUAAAAGUACAUUUUUACUCUGUCUUUUACAGUUAUCCAUAUUGGUGCAUCCCGACAAAAACCAAGAUGAUCCUGAAAGGGCACAGAAGGCAUUUGAAGGUACCUCGCUGAUUUUCCUGUGUUUCCAAAGCUCCAGAUGGUAGCAUUGCACCAAAUGAAUGCGGUUGGGUUUGAUGCUAGAGCUUGGAAAGAGAGCUGCCUACUGCUGCUCUGUUGGAUCUCUGGAAAUAAACACGGCUUAGUGUUUUCUCAAGCUCUGAUCGCAUAAGCAGUGUAGACCAUUCAAGUUAUGUUGAGUGUGCUGAUAGAAAUGUUUGGUUUGUCAGCUGUCGACAAAGCAUACAAGUUGUUGCUGGACCAGGAACAAAAGAAGAGGGCCUUGGACGUGAUACAGGCUGGAAAGGAAUAUGUAGAGCACAUUGUAAGUACCGUGGGUGUGUGACAGCUAGCCUCUGAUUUGAGGGAGGGGAUUAAGCGACUGAGCUUGAUGCCUAGGGAGGGGGUGCAAUUUUAUGUUUGCCGAGAGCUAAAGUGUUUCCUCAUCAUAGUUCAGGUUAGAACAGAGCUUUUCUGUAUUUUAUUCAGCCAUGAUUUUGAUUUUCUGCAAAUAUAACUAGAACUGAAAUGUUAGAAAUGGGAACGGGGAGGCAUACCAAAUGUAACUAUUGGUGCUUGGAAUUUGAUGAAUGUAUAUUAUGCAGAUGAAAUCUAAUAGAUCAUUUAAACUUAUUUUGAAGCUGUCUUAUUAAAAUUCUGCUAGGAAAAAAAUGUAACUUGAAAUUUUUUGCGGAUGGGAGAUAGGAUUGAUUUAUUAUGAUACUUUCUACCAUAUAUCAUCCUAGACACAAGCUUGAGUGGAUUAUGUUUAAACAUUUACAUGUGUUUGGUGCUUUAGUUUGGCUAGGCCAUAUCCCUUCAGAGCUCUCUGCUCCCACAUUGCUCACGUUCUUGCUGUUGAAUUAGAUUGAAUUCUUGCUGUGCCACUUUACCUUUGAGUAUGUGAUGGGUGAGGAGCUUAUAGAGGCACUAGAAUGCUGCCUAAAUUUUCCAUCCUUGUCUAAAUUCCUCACUCCUCUCCUUUGUCUCCAACCAGCCCCAAAAGCAGAAUAUUGCAGAGCUAGAAAAUGAGCUUUGUUAAAAGCAAAUGGGAAACUGUUUGGGACUGAACUGGAAUCCUGUAUCAUAACCAGGGUGAAUCCAGCGGGGAUGGAGGGGGAUGCAUUUGGCCUGUGCCUAAUUUUAGAUGCUUUUCAUUUCUUUGGCGUUCAGAAUUUUUUUAAAUGUGCAUCACACACAGAUGUGACACACUCUCAACUUAGAGAUGCAUUUUUAAGCAAGUAAGAGAUGAGAUGUAGCAAAAGACAUGAUUUGUUUGUUAACUGAUAAAGAUUUUGCCACGUUAAAGAACUGUAACUUAUACAUAUGAAUAAAAAGAUAUCAGUUCUUGAUGGCACAAGAUUAGACAGAUCAGCAUGUUCUUUUAAGAUCAGGUGACUAUCAAGCCAACCAACCACCGGCUUUUUUCUAUACCUCCCUCGCCACGUAUGUCAUUAUUUUUAAAUUAUUAUUAUUAUGGCUAGGGGUCCCAAAAGCUGGAGGUGGCCUGGGACUCUAUAGACUUCUGAGAGGGCCUGACCAUAAUGACAUAUAUGUGGGAAGUAGGAGAAAGUUACAGAGUGUCCAACUUCUGUUCAGCUUGCAGUCUUUUUAGCUAGCCUACUUUAAGCAGGAUAACUAUAAACUUUUCUUUAAAAAAUAAUCCUGUAGUAUUAUCACUGAUCAUGUCUCCUUGUACUUGCAUUUUUAUAUUUUUAACUUGCAUAUCCAGGCAGUAAAAAGUAAACAAAUUCGGAAAUCAGUUUUCACUCGGGGCCCAUGACAUCAGCGCCUGUUCUGAUUGAUCUUGUGGCUGUCGGAAUGGGCCGCAGAAGUGAUAACAAGCCUAGUGCAGUUCAGACUCUGUAAGAUUUCUGUGCUCCUUACCUGUGAUACCUUUUUAGGCAAAAGAGAAAAAGAAACAGUUAAAGAAAGAAGGCAGGCCAACCAACAUAGAAGAAGAUGAUCAAGAAGUAGUAAGUUGACCAGCAGGAUAUACUUGUUUGGCAGGGCUGGGUUCUCCCAGGCCUGGGGUGUACCUCGUUGCUUUAUGAUUUGGGAGCAAUGCGCAUCUUGGAACAUCUGAGGCCUUGAGGCUGGAGGCUUGUAAACCUCCUCAGUGUCUCCUGAGUGCCUUUUGGGUCCCCUCUUACAUUUGUGGGCCCCCAGCAGACUUAACAGGUGGUGGGAUGCAACAUCACUCUUAUGAGUGCUGGACAGCCAGGCUGCUGCUAUGUAAAUUCCCCCACAGUGCUACUUGAGGGACAUCUAAAUGACAGCACUCCCAGACCUGGUGCCUGAUAUGUAUGGCCUCGUUGCCAUUAUUCUGUUAAUGUCAAUAUGUUUACCACCUGCUCACUCAGACCCAGCCACUUGGUGUGCUGGGGAGGGUUUGAAGGUGGGGACACUGUCAGGUUGCUUGGGUGCCACAGCUGUCUCAGGCUGCUGAUGCUGGGCCCAGUCUGUUUUACCAUGUUUUAAAUAUACAGUGGUGCCCCACAAGACGAAUGCCUCGCAAGACGAAAAACUCACUAGACGAAAGGGUUUUGCGUUUUUUGAGUCGUUCCGCAAGACGAAUUUCCCUAUGGGCUUGCUUCGCAAGACGAAACGUCUUGCGAGUUCUUGCGAGUUUGUUUCCUUUUUCUUAAAGCCGCUAAGCCGUUAAUAGCCGCUAAUAGCCGCUAAGCCGCUAAUAGCCGUGCUUCGCAAGACGAAAAAAACGCAAGACGAAGAGACUCGCGGAAUGGAUUAAUUUCGUCUUGCGAGGCACCACUGUACUGUGGCCAGCUUGGGAAACCUCGGCCAGCAGGUAAUAUGGAAGUAUUCCCAAUAGAUAUAUAUAUAUAUAUUUGCGAAGUCCCUGCUCGCUCUCCCUUCCUUUUCAUUAUUUGGUCCUCAUUUUACUGUUGUGUGCUGAGAUUUACUGCUUUUCACUACAGUUUUAGGGGACAGCCUUAACCAUGUCUACUCAGAGAUUGCAGCCUCUACUACUUUUCCCAAACUAUUAAAUAAUUCCAUUCUUAAGAACUUUACUACAGGGUGGCGUCUUGUAUAAACACUUGAAAGAUUAUUCUGGAAUGUGCUAGCGGCGUGAUGGGUUGGUAGAAGAUGUAGUAUUUCAAGUCCCGGCCUCUGAAGUGUCCAACUAGUGUGUGCUGCGGUGUCAUUUUUUUGUGCAUGCAGUCCUGUGGAAGGGGGUGGGGGAAGGAGUUUUGUAUAAAGCUUUUCAUUUUUCCAGGCCCAGGGGUUAUUAAAUGAAAGGUUACAUUGCAGCUGGGCCCUUGGUAUGAGUGCUAAACCUGUGUUUCUUACAGUUCAAACAAGCGGUGUACAAACAGACAAUGAAGCUCUUUGCAGAACUCGAAAUUAAAAGGAAAGAAAGAGAAGCAAAAGAAAUGCAUGAAAGGUAGGAGAAGCAGUGGGGUAUUGUGUUUGGUUUUCUUGAAGCCCAUGUAAUUAGGAAUCGUGGAGCAUGUAGGCACCAUCUGAAAUCUGAGUUGUUGGGGUUUUCCAAAAGUAGCGUCAGGGGUACUUAGGGGGAGGGAAAUGCUAUUUUAUUAAGCAUUUUUAUAACGCUUAACCCAUGGGUGGGCAAACUAAGGCCCAGGGGCCAGCUCCGGCCCAAUCGCCUUCUAAAUCCGGCUCGCGGACAGUCCAGGAAUCAAUGUGUUUUUACAUGAGUAGAAUGUGUCCUUUUAUUUAAAAUGCAUCUCUGGGUUAUUUGUGGGGCAUAGGAAUUUGUUCAUCCCCCCCCCCAAAAAAAAUAUAGUCCAGCCCCCCACAAGGUCUGAGAGACAGUGGCCCGGCCCCCUGCUGAAAAAGUUUGCUGAUCCCUGGCUUAACCCAAUGAGCAGCUUUACACAUGCUCCCAGAGAGACAGCUAUGUUAAAUCUGUUGCAAGAAACAUAACAAAGAGGCUUUUGACACCUUAAAAAGAACCCUAAUACAUCUUAUUGUUGUGUAAUAAGAAUGUGUGGUCUAGAACCUACUUCAUCAGAUGCAUGAACAGUUACCCUCAGUUAAUUUUUUUCUUGUGUGUGUAUAUAAAUAUAUAUCACACACAUACACCUACCUUUGUGUUUGAAAUUGAAAAAAUGGCCAAGAAAUACAACACAAUUCUACAGAAAGCUUAAACGUAUACAAGACAGGCAUGGUGACCAUUUAUGAACAGCUGUAAAUAGGUGAUAGCAUAGCAUGCUAUAAUGUGAGUGGUUCAGAAAUCUUCCAAGAUAAAAUAUGCCAAAACUAGGAAAUAGUUUUGAUUAGGAUUCAUUAUAAAAUAAAUAAUUCUAUGCCUGUAUGCAUGAGCCCAUACCACAAUAAAUCUCUUAUUAUUUAAGUUGCCACAAGAUGUUUUGUUUAGCUUAUGAUGUAUGUUACAUUAAGGGAUUGAAUACUUGUCUUACGCAGCCCUCUGAGCUGUAUUGUGGAGCAGGGAUUUGAAUUCACCUAAUACAUGACCAAAAGCAGUGCUCUGCCCACUUAUACCACAAACUUAAGUUUUGUAGGAGAAAAAGUAUUGCACUACAUAAGUUAUUUGCAAGGUGAUGAGGUGGGUUGCAGUGUGUCUCAUGUACUGGAAAAAGUAAUAAUCUAGGAUGACUAGAAGAAAAUACAUAAUUUAGGUAUACUGUAUGAGAAAAGAGCUCUUGCAUUGUAAUAUCGAGAUUGGAGCUCCAGGUGGCAGUCUUUGUUUUACAAGGCUUGCAGGCUGAGACAUCAGUUAAUGUGCUUUCUGCCCUUUUCUUUGCUCUGAAGCCAGGUUUAUUUUUGUACUAAGUGCAUCUCCUCUGGGCGGGUCCAAGUCCUGCAUUUUAUUUUGGGCCCCAGCACUCUGCACCCAAGGCCCUUUUCAUUGCAGCAAGCGUUAAAAUAUGCCAGAUUUCAACCCAUUUUCAAAAGUGUCAUCUUAUAGCAGGAACAAGCUGUUCCAAAGGGCUUUAUCCAAGACAGUGUGGGUGGCUUGCCAUAUAGAAGCCUAAUGUAAUAUUUGCUAAAUUUGUACCCUGUCCUCUGCCAAGAAUUUGGUAUGGGCAAUACGCUGUUUCAUUUUCAGAGGCACACACUUAAAUUUAAAAGGUGGUGGUGAGGAGAUACAUGGAUGGUCAUAGCAUAGAGAUGUGGAUAUACUGAGGAAUCUCUGGCUCUCCAGAUGAUGUUGGGCUCUUGACUUCCACCAGCCCCAGCCAGCAUGGCCAAUGGCAAGGGAUGAUGGGAGUCAUAUACACAAAUAGGACUCCUUUCCCAGAUUUCUCCCAUCUGUUCUGUCUCCUGUAUCCUUGUCGAGGGAAACAUCCAGCUGAUCUCCCUUAACUCAUCCUGUCUCCUUGCUGAGCAACGCUGAUCCUUAAUCUAGUCCUGGUCCCCAUUACUCACAGGGAAUGCAAUGCUAAUUUUUCUCCCUGGCUCUUAUUCUAGGAAGCGGCAACGAGAAGAAGAAAUAGAGGCUCAAGAGAAAGCCAAGCGUGAGCGAGAGUGGCAGAAGAAUUUUGAGGUAAUUGUUAUUUGCAGCUUUGGCUGUCCCAUCAGCAUUUUAGCAGUCUAAUCUCAAAGCACACUUAUUCUCUAGUAAGUCCCACUGAUUUCAGUCAGGCUUGUGAGCAAAUGUGCUUAGGAUUGUGCUUCAAGGCUUGUGUUGAAAGGGUUAUUAUACAUAUGUGUGUAUAUAUGUAUGUAUGUAUGUACGCAUGCCUACCUACAUAUACUGCCCUUUUUACCAAAGUGCACAGCUUUGUUCUGGAUACUCCCAGCAUUCCCUGCAGAUUCAGAUAUUAAUUCUAGAAGCAAAGGAACACCCACCAGGGUGCCUCAAAAACCGUAUAGUUUAGUUUUUCUUUUGCAUAUGAAGCUGUCAUGUCUGGCAGUGGCUUUCCAAACUCUUAGCCUGAUGUCCCUUUCCCAUCCCUGGUAGCUGAAAUCCUGUUAACUUGAGAUAGCAUGUACUGAAACAAGAGCCUUUGACUCCAGAGCAUGUGCUCUGCCACUGAGCUGUGGUUCCUCCCCAUACAUUCCCCCCGCUCGUUAUAUGGCUUUUCUGUUCUUCCCACAAGCCCUAGCUGUUGUUACUAAGACAGACUGCUACAAAAUCUCUUCCACCAACUCGCCCUUUUAGUGCUUUGAAGCCCUUUCCCUGCUUCUGGCGACUUGCGCUCCUUGAAAGGCGUCUCAGGAAACGCUUCCCUUUUGAUAUAAACAGGAAAGGACACUCUGGCGUCAUGGCACUUGCUUCUUGUUUACACUCUCAUCUUCCUCAUACGUAGGAAAGUCGGGAUGGACGUGUGGACAGCUGGAGAAAUUUCCAGGCAAAUACAAAAGGGAAGAAAGAGAAGAAAAACAGAACCUUCUUGAGGCCCCCCAAGGUGAAGAUGGAGCAGCGUGAAUGAGCCUGGCUUUGUCAGACUCCAGCGGACAAUCCCAUUACCGUCACGUUGAACCCUUUCUUGCUUUUCCAGUAGGAUCUUUGUUUUCAGUAUGAUUGAAUCUUGGUCAAAGUAUUUACUGUCUCCUGCCCAUUUGCCCUGAGGUUCAUGAUGUGAUGUCCAGGGCCAAGCCUACUGCACUUAGAACACUUGGCUAACUUAGGAAGACCCCCACCAUAACUGCUGUUGCAUUUCCUCAUAGUCCCUGUAAUUUAAUGUUCUGUAUUCCAAGGAUGUUGCUGUUCAAAUCGUCGUUAGGCCUAACUUGUGAGUGUCCAGCUAAGGCAGAUGCUGGAGAAUCUGAUGCCUGGUGACUCCCUUGUUCACCUAGGCCGGUUGUCAUGUUUCUGUCUGCAUCAGUUUCCACUGUCAGUAGUGAAAAUUGGAGCCUGCCAUGGAGAUGGAUAGCUGGACUUUGCAAAAGUUCCCAACUCAGCUGCAUGGAGCUGAACGUACGCCCCAGCUGUGACUUGCAGCUUGGCAACUCCUUUCUUCCAGGAUUGCAGAUGAGUUAACUGGCCAACUAGACUACCAGACCCUGCCCCUUGUAAAUAAAAAGUCUUGCAUUGAAUAUGCAGUUAGUGGCAAUGUUCAGUAUGUAAAAUAAAUUUUUACCCAAAA